AGACCGCCAGUCCACAACCUGCUUCAAUAUCACGUGACUACCUCUUCUCGCAACCCGCCCUCACCUCGAACCUCCGACCGACUUCCUGCAUCACCAUCCUGCUAGGCGAGGAAAUCGCAAACAUCACCCCACCCCAUCCAUAACAAUGGCAGCUAAUCUCGCGGCGGAAAACGCAGAGCAAAUGACGGCUCCAGUCGCAAAUCCAAACGGCGCGCAGCCGAACGAGACAACGGGAGCAAAUGCAGACGACGACACGGCGCCGCCGCCCAUUACGGAACCCAGAUUGCCGACGCGCAAAGAUGCGUCGCUAAAGGAAUUCUUGAACAAGAUGGACGACUAUGCGCCGAUAAUCCCCGACGCAGUUACCAACUACUAUAUGACACGCGCCGGCCUCCCACCGCCGCCGCAGACCGACCAGCGCCUCGCACGGCUGCUGGCCCUAGCAACGCAAAAGUUCAUCGCCGACAUUGCCGCCGACGCCUACCAAUAUAGUCGGAUCCGCGCGAGCAACACUAAUGCCAACAACCCAAUGGGCAACCUAGGCGCUGCGGCCGGGUUUCCCAUCCCCGGACAACCAACCAACCAGCCCGGUAACAAAGACCAAGGCCGCGGUGGACCAUUGGGUAUCCAACGGCCUGGCUAUGGCGGUGGCGGACAAGGCGGCAGUCAGAAUCGUACGGUGCUGACCAUGGAGGAUCUGGGCAUGGCCGUGGGCGAGUUUGGCGUCAACGUAAAGCGGAGCGAAUUCUACCGCUAAAGCGAGGGAUGGGGGGCGGAACGGGACUCCCUUUCGCAAGAUGGUGUCUGUCACAAGGUGGACAAUCUUCAUUUCCUCUACUAGGAGGGCUGGCACCGCGCCCGUUAGGAGGGGCGGCCCUAUUGGCGUUACUGGGUGGUUAGGUACUUGGUUGCCCAUGACAAGAUAGUAUUGUUCUUGUUUUCCUUCUCUCUUGGGCUGGUUGGUCACAUGGAAAGGCCUCGCAUGGUCAAUAACAACAACAACAACAAUGGCGUUGGUUGGUCUCAUUCGGGGUCCGGGUUCCAGAGAACGUAAGCAGAGCUCUCCGUAGACUUAUAAUUCAUUUUGGAUCCGAAUUCUUAC